AUGUCAAGCCAACUAGAAAACGCGAACCCUGUGGUCUUCCAGCGCUCAGGGGAGCGACUACUGACGGCGUCUGAGGAGGACGAAGAUGUUCACGACCCCAUAGAUGACAGAGAAAUAUUUGAUUUGAUCAGAUCCAUCAAUGACCCGGAACACCCCCUGUCUCUGGAGGAACUCAAUGUUGUGGAACAAGUCCGAGUGAAGGUGGAUGACCCAGGGAGCACAGUAGGCAUCGAAUUCACCCCCACAAUUCCUCACUGCAGUAUGGCCACACUCAUCGGUCUGUCUAUUAAAGUCAAGCUGCUGCGCUCCUUACCAGACAGAUUUAAAAUUGACGUCCACAUCACGCCUGGAUCUCACGCGUCAGAAGAAGCAGUGAACAAACAACUUGCAGACAAAGAAAGAGUGGCAGCAGCGUUGGAGAACUCCUCGCUUUUGGAAGUGGUCAACCAGUGUUUGUCCACACACAGCAUCUGA